AUGGCCGCCUGGUCGCGGGAGGCCGUGCUGAGCCUCUACCGGGCGCUGCUGCGGCGGGGCCGCGCGCUGCGCUACACCGACCGCGACUUCUACGUGGCCGCCGUGCGCCGCGAGUUCCGCAGGCAGCAGGCGCUGGAGCGGCCCGAGGACAAGGAGAGGCAGCUGGCCAAGGGCCGGGCCUUCCUGCGCAGCGAGCUCGGCGGCCUGCAGGCCGCGGGCUGGGGUGGCCCCGCGCGGGGCCCCGGCGGGCGCGCCGGCGUGGGCCUUGGCGCCGCGCUGACCGCCGCGCCGCGCAAGGGCAAGAAGGACGACAAUGGCAUCGGCACGGCCAUCGACUUCGUGCUGUCCAACGCGCGGCUCGUGCUGGGCGUGGGCGGCGCCGCCGUGCUGGGCAUCGCCACGCUGGCCGUCAAACGGAUGUACGACCGGGCCAUCAGCGCUCCCAGCAGCCCCACCCGCCUGAGCCAGGCCGGAAAGAGGAGCUGGGAAGAGCCCAGCUGGCUGGGAUCCUCCUCGCGCUUGCUGAGCCAGGACAUGAAAACGAACCUGAGCCGCUCCCUGCAGACCCUCCCCACCGAAGCGUCGGCCGCAGACCCGGACUUUUUCCGACCCACGAAGCCCAAGCCAUCUGCCAAAAGGAGUCAAAUGGAACUGAAAAAAUCCCGCCUCCGCUUGUCCCUGCAAGAAAAGCUCUUUGCUUAUUAUAGGAAGCAGGUAGCGAUCCCGGCGGAGGAGCAGGCGCGGGCCAAGCAGGCAGCCGUGGAUAUCUGUGCCGAGCUGCGCAGCUUCCUGCGCGCCAAGCUGCCGGACAUGCCCCUGCGCGACAUGUACCUCAGCGGCAGCCUCUACGACGACCUGCAGGUAGUGACAGCCGACCACAUCCAGCUCAUUGUGCCUCUGAUGCUGGAGCAGAACCUGUGGUCCUGCAUCCCUGGGGAGGACACUAUCAUGAACAUCCCGGGCUUCUACUUGGUGCGUCGGGAAAACCCCGAGUACUUUCCCCGUGGGAGCAGCUACUGGGACCGCUGUGUGGUGGGCGGCUACCUUUCCCCCAAAGCCGUAGCAGACACCUUUGAGAAAGUCGUCGCUGGCUCCAUCAACUGGCCGGCGAUCGGGACUCUCUUGGAUUAUGUGAUCCGUCCAGCAGCUCCCCCGGGAGAUUUGACACUGGAAGUCCAGUAUGAUCCGGAACGGCAUCUUUUUAUUGACUUCCUACCCUCCCUGACGCUGGGUGACAUCAUCCUCGUGGCCAAACCCCAUCGGCUGGCCCGGAACGACAAUCUGUGGCGCCUGAGCCUGCGGCCGGCGGAGACCGCUCGCCUGCGGGCCCUGGACCAGGGCGAUUCCGGCUGCCGGUGCGUGUGCCUGAAGAUCUUCAAAGCGGUGUGCAAGUCGAACCCCGCGCUGGGCCACCUCACUGCCAGCCAGCUCACCAAUGUCAUUCUGCACCUCUCCGAAGAGGAGUCCAACUGGUCCCAGGACGUGCUGGCCGACCGCUUCUUGCAGGCGCUGAAGGGCCUGAUCCGCUACUUGGAGGCGGGCGUCCUCCCUAGCGCUCUGAACCCCAAGGUGAACUUGUUUUCGGAGCUCACCCCAGAAGAAGUGGACGAGCUGGGCUACACCCUCUAUAGCUCUCUCUCAGAGCCAGAGGUCUUGCUGCAGACGUAACAAGGCCUUCCCGGGGGAAUGUCUGGGUGUUUAGCCAAGGUGGACUUUGGUUCCUGCGAAAUAUGUCUCCUCCACUUCUCUCUGUCUCCUUUUGGCUCAUUAUUAUUUCCUGCUGUGGAGCUGCUGCUCCCACUGCAUUUCUUGGUGCUACUGGUCCAUUUCCACCAUUUCUGUCGCAGCAGGUACCUGUUAGCUGGGGAAGAGAGGGUAAAGCUGCAGCUCUAAGAUCUUUAGAUAAAUUCUGCUGAUGUUUAAGCGUCUACCAGGAAAAACACUAUGCACUUCUUUCUCCUGUSAUAAACUCACUGCAGUGAAUUGAAUCAGUUUGGGUCUGGAGAAGGUGGAACUGGGCCGGUGAAUCCAGUGAUGAUUUUAGCAGACUUGUGCUGAGGUCCUUUGAUUUCUUCCUGCCUGAUGUUACCCUCGUGUUUCUUUGUCUCCCCUAUUCCACCCUGCUUCUCUUUCCCCUUUUCGUCCCUCUAACCCAGAGGUGCAGCCUGAAUGAGAUAUUUUGGACAGGGCUGUUUGUCGUAUUUCCAAGUGAACUCUGAAUAAUGAUUUUAUUGAGAGUUUUUGUGCUUGGAAGAGGAGAAUGUGUGUGCCCAAGGCUCCCGUUCCUACAAAACCUCAUAAGCUGGGUUGAGAAGUAAUGUCUGGCCUGCUGCAACACGGCCACCAGUAUGAGCAAUUCUCCCUGAAGCUGUUGCAGGGAGUCUUGGAAGAAACUUCUGAGGCCUGGUUCUGCGAUGAGGUUGAAGGAGCAGUGCUUGCCAUUCCU